GUCAUCUUCUUCUUCUUCUUCUUCCUCCUCUUCUUCCUCCCCCCCCAUGGAGUUUUUUCAAGAAGCUCCUCUAUUUAAGCACCCUUUUAUCUCUUUCUUAUACUUUUCUUAACCGCUUUUUCUUUGAAUCCUCUCUGCAACUCUUUUAAUCUUUUUUCUCUCAUCUUCAUCACCUUUCUCUCUUAAAUCCCUCCAUAUAUUUAUAAAAUCCCCUUCCCCUUUGUUUCUUAUUACCCUCUUCGGUUUCAGCGGCACCAAAUAACCGUGUUUGCUUUUGGUUAUUUCAUAAUAAUAGGAAAGACAAUAAAGUUUGAUGCUUAGAAUUAAUUGCAGCCAUGGAUGAUCAAGAAACAGUUGUUAACAAAGGAGAUGAUCUCAUGGAUUUGCCUCCUGGUUUUCGAUUCCAUCCCACGGAUGAAGAGAUCAUAACUCACUAUCUGACACAUAAGGUGGUUAACAGCAACUUCACUGCUUUUGCUAUUGGUGAAGCUGAUUUAAACAAGUCUGAACCUUGGGAUUUACCAAAGAAAGCAAAGAUGGGGGAGAAAGAGUGGUACUUUUUCUGCCAGAAAGAUAGAAAGUAUCCAACCGGUAUGAGAACUAACCGAGCAACAGAAGCUGGAUACUGGAAAGCAACUGGAAAGGACAAAGAGAUUUACAGAGGAAAAGGUUGUCUUGUUGGGAUGAAGAAGACUCUUGUUUUUUACAGAGGGAGAGCUCCCAAAGGAGAGAAAACCAACUGGGUUAUGCAUGAGUAUAGACUUGAAGGAAAAUUCUCUUACUACAAUCUCCCUAGGUCUGCAAAGGAUGAAUGGGUGGUUUGUAGGGUUUUUCAUAAGAACACAUGCAUCAAGAAAACUCCAUUAACACCCGAUCAUCAUCUGUUGAGAAUGAACUCUUUUGGCGAUCAUCAUCUUGAUCAGUUCAUGGAUUGUCCUUCAUCACUGCCUCCCCUAAUGGAACCCACCUUCUCCCCCUCUCCUCUACUGCCUGCCACAGAUCAAAAUGAAUUCAAGACCUCCAUGAAUGCACCGGCAAGAUCCUCAGAUGGAAACUAUCCUUUCUCUCAUGCAAACAUGAUCAACAACAGCAACAACUACAUUCCUCAAUCUCAGAUUAGCGCCAACAUUUUCAACCCCCAAAACCAAGCUAAUUUCUCCUUCCAAACAUCUCAUUUCAAUCCUGGCUACAACAGGACUAGUACUUGCGGUGCAAUUCCAAGUGUAUCGCGUUCGGGGUUCGAAAGCAAUGAGAUGAUUUUCCGAGCAUUAGCAGCAAGAAACGAAGAACCAAAAUUGGAAAGACAGUGCAAGAUGGAGCAAUUCUCGUCGAAUCAAUCCAUGGUGAGUCAAGAAACCGGGGUCAGCGCCACUGAGAUAUCAUCGGUGGUCUCGAAGCAGGAGAAUAAAUCUAAUUAUGAUGAUAUUGCAGAUUUAGAUUGUUUAUGGGACUACUAAUUCAAGAAGAAGAAGAAGAAGAAGAAGAAGAGACUGACGCAGAAGAUAAUUGAUUGAUAUUAUUUGGGGUGAAGAUAUUCAAGGAUUAAUUAUACAUACAGUAAGAUUAUUAUCAGAUAUAUACAUACAUGUGAUGAUCUGAAGCAGUCUUUUCCAGCUGGGUAAUUUGUAGUGAGAGUUAGCUUGGAAUAUUUCCAAAAAGAAAAAAAAAAAAAAAAAAAAAAAAAGGAGAAGAAUACAUUGUAUAGAUAGAUUCAUGGUGUCCAAAGAUAUUUUCAUUGAUUUUCAGGGUUUGAAUUUAAAUUUAUUGACAUGAUAGUACAUAGAUCAGGUACCAUGAACAUUAGAUAUAUGUAUAUGUACAUGUAUUCUUUCUUACUAUAUAGUGCAAUUAUUUCUUCA